CGUCUCGCAGCCCAAAGCGAAAGCAUUGAAAAUAGACUCGAGCCUAAUAAGGACUGUGACAGGAGUGAAGAUAUAUAUAAACAGAUAUACAUAUAUAUGUAUGUGUGUGUGUGUGCAAAAGUGUAACUGUAAUAAAUCAGGUGCUUAAUCAAUCUCGUCGUUGACCUUUCGUCCAGCCGCAGUGUUUUUACAGCAUUCGGCGAUUAAGUAUACGCCAGGAAGCGGAAGUCGAAAGUUGCUGCAGCCAACUUAAAGCGGAAGUUGGCCGCUCAGCCACGCCACCGCCCACCCACCACAGCGCCAGCACUCAACGCCCAUUUAGCGCCGAGAAUGCCGAAAAUCAAGUUGAAGUACACAUAAUGCAGUCGCUCGGCUAAGAAUCUCAACGGACAAAUCCAAUUCGAAGGCAAACGCAAUUUGAGAAUCCUUUUCAGCGGCAAUUUGUCUCAGCAGCAAGUGCGUCUAAUACCGGCAGCCGGAAGUUGGAAAUAGAUACAGUAAUAGCUACAACAAAAUGGCGGAUCUGGAGCGCAUUAGACUCGUCCUGCUGGGCGGCGCAGGAGUCGGCAAGAGCUCCAUUGUCAAGCGCUUCCUAUUCAAGAGCUACACGGACAAAUAUCGCGCCACCGUCGAGGAUCUCUACAAUCGCGAGUACGACCUCGGCGGCGUCACCCUAAAGGUGGACAUUUUGGACACAUCCGGUGACAUGCAAUUCCCCGCCAUGCGACGCCUCUCCAUUGCGACGGCGCACGCCUUCAUGCUGGUCUACGCGACAACCUCGGCCCCCAGCUUUCAGUGUGUGAAGCAGUGCUUCGAGGAGAUCCGCGAGCAGCGCGCCGACUUUCAGGAUAUACCCAUUGUCAUAGCCGGCAACAAAGCCGAUUUGGCCACCAGCCAUCGGGAGGUGCGCCAGGAGGAGGUAACGGACUGGGUCUUCUGCGAGCUGCCACGCCUCAGGGCUAAGGUGCUCGAGUGCUCGGCGAAGGAGGACACCAACGUGACGGAGCUGUUCAAGACGCUGCUCUCCCUUUCCCGCUUCCUGCCCGCCAGCAGCGGCAGCAGCGGCGGCCCGGGCGGCUCCAGCUGCGAGGCAGCGCCAAGCGGCUUCAAGCGGCGUUCCUCGGCCUACGUCAGCGCCUCGUCCAGUCGCAACAAGAACCGCAUGAACAGCCCCUCGGUCAGCGGGGAUAAAAAGUCGAGCCUUGUGGAUGCUGUCGAUGUGGCCAGCACCAGUGCGGAGGCCAAGCUAAAGCCACGUUCCAGAUCGCUCAUACGCCGUGCUUCACGCAAGACCAAACAGCAAAUCAACAACGCAUCCGACGACUGUAAUUUGCAGUAAAUGAAUACAAAAUAAAUAUUCAUAAUAAUUAUGAUAAUAAAUGUUAAAUAUGAUCUAUGUGUACGUUACCCAGUUCUUGAUUAACUGCAAAUACUCUAAAGAGAAAACCAGAAAAGUUGCUCAGUCGCAAUUUAGUUGCAGUUGGUAAGAGUAUCUCGUA